AUGGCUUCAACUUCCUCGACAAAUGUUAAUGAAAUUCUCCCUGGUCUCGAAGAUUUUCUUCGUUCAAUGUUAAGUAGUACACAUUUGGAGAAUGAUCAUCGACAAAUUGCGGCUAUGUAUCUAGAUAAACUUGAUCAAUAUGGUCAAUCAACAAAUCAACAAUCAUCUCUUAUUGAUGAUCAAUCAUUAAUGAACACAGAUAUCAUAUCAGAUGCAGAAAGUGAUGAUUUUACUGAUGAGGAAGAAGAACAACAAACUCCAACUAUAACAAGACAUUCAUCCGUUUGCGAUACUGUACUAUAUGAUAGUACAAAACAAGAAUCAAAUACUAGUAGUAGUAGUCAAUGGUAUGCUGAUAUACCAAAAAAUGACUCUCCAGAAGCACAGAUAUCAAAUGGUAAACAUAGUGAAAAGUCAUCAUCAAUCAUGCAAAGUCGAUUAUCCAUCCCAUCGUCAACUUCAUCGAGUAUAAUAGCUGAUGGUCUAUUAUUAACAUAUGAUAAAAAUCAUAAUUGGAUAUGGCGUUAUUAUGUUCUCGAUGAUUAUGAUCUUAUUUGUUUCCCAGCUGAUAAAAAGUCUCGAUUAACAACCGAAGGAGAAUCAGAUAAGAAUUGUUCACCACUAUGGGUGUCAGAUAUAACUAAUGCAAAAGUUCAUACAACAGUUAUAGAUAAAAUCGAAUGUUUAUGUUUGUAUAUUGGCCUUGCUGAAGCGAUUUAUGUUCGGCCGUCAGAUCCCAAUCAAAUAAAUAUGUGGCUUAAAGCAUUCCGUGAUGCAGCUUCAUCACAAAAAUCUCGAGAUACUUCAAAAAAUCAAAGUAAUGUCAAAAUAUUAUCUCGUAAUGCACGUCGUAUGUUCGCUCAAUUUAAUCGAAAAAAAGGUCAAAUUGUUUCACAUUUACUUGAUCAAAUGGCUAAUGUAACGGGUGUUGAUGAUAAAACACGUAAACAUUGUGAAUUACGAGGUUUUCUUGUUAUAUCUCUUGAUAAUUCAACAUUUCUAACAAAAUAUUGUACAAUAGUUGAUGGAAUAUUUCGUAUACAUAAAUCUCGUUUAAGUGAGCAAACAGAUCAUGAAUUUAUUUUAAAUCGUUGUAAAUUAUCAUUUCCUGAAGAACGUACACGUGAUAUACAAUUUGCUUUAACUGAUGAACAAAUACGAAAGAUUUUUAUUCGAGGAAAUAAUAUCUAUAGUAUGGGACGUUUAUUAAAUACUUUAGCAAAAUAUGUUGAAAUAAUUGGAAGUUCAGAAAAAGUUUUUAAAUCAGAUGAAACUACUUCAUUAACUUUACCAAAUAAAUCUCAAACAUCAUCACGUAUUAGAUCAUUAUCUCAAGUGAAUGAAGGUUAUUCAUCAUCAUCAUCAACGGUGAAAUCAUUACCAUUAAAUAUUACAAAAAAUAUCUAUCGAAGUGCAUCAAAAUUACACGAUGGUCGAACAAAUGUUUUACCAAAUCGUACGAAUAAAAGUCAAAUAUCUAUUCAACAAGAUAAUAUUAUUUCAAAUGAAACAUAUGAUCAACCAAAAUCUUAUAAUAAGACAGAAUCAAUUGAUCGAAAUAAUAAUCAUAUAUUGAUAACAACAGAUAAAAGAAAAAAUGAAAAAACUCGUUCAGAAUCUCCUUCGCCUAUAAAUAUUAUACAAUCUCAUCGAAGCUCAUCGCCAGAUACAUUAUCAUUAACAUCAUCUCAUGCAGAUCCCGUUUUUUGUAUUCGUUCAAUUCAUUCUUCAUCAUCUCAACAUCGAAAUUCUCAUCGUCAUCGUCGUCCAUAUCCAUUACCACGCCGUACUUCAGCGGAUUAUGUUAAUAAAUUUACAAAUCUUUUUACAAGACAUACUAUCGAACGUCAAAUAAAUACAAAAUCACGUAGUACAAGUAUACCUUCAUCUCAAUCAUCAUCAUCAUCAUGCUAUAAUUCCAAUCGUAUACAACCAUCAAUUCUAAAUGAUAAAUCAACAUAUAAACAUGUUUAUGAUAUUCCAAUUACAAUUGAACGUUCAACAAAAUCUCUAAAUUCAACAGCUGAACAAAAUCAAAAAUUAACAUGUGCAAUAGAUGACGAUUUAACAUAUGACAAUGUAUCAAAAACAGAUGGUAUUGGUAAAUUUCGUUUUGUUAUUCCAUUUAAUCAUAGCUCAAGUUCAGCUUUUACAACAAUAAAAUCAAUUAAUUCUCCAUCAAGUUCAUCAUCAUCAACGUUAAGCUCAAAUUCAAUCUUACCUCAAACAUCGUCUUCUUCUUCUUCCAAUAAUUCAAAUACGAAUACGAAUAAUAAUAAUAAUAAUCGACCAAGAUUAAUGACAGCUGUCUAG